CUUUAUGUUAUGUGACUUUGAAAGUGAAAGAAAUUUUUGAUUCUGACCUUCGAUUAAGAGCAACCUGCUUUGAAACAAAUGGUGCUCUUUACAAUGACGCAUUAUCCCAGUCGUGCAAUACUCAGCGUUUAGGUGUAGUUCUCUUUUUUCCCUUCAUAACUUCGCUGCUCCGUAUGUGCAACUAUCUGGAGCGUGCGGACGUGGUGAAAAAUCGAAUUCUAGGCCAAAUGGCUACGAGCUCCGAAAAAAUGUGUCGGAUCAUGAGUAAAAAUGAGGGAAUCGAAGACGACAUCGCGCGCGGUGAUGCCUUGCUGACGGAGAUGGAACCCGGUCGCUGUGAAGCUGCAGUUGGAGCCGUAUACGAUCAACUAAACCCGAGUAAUGUGAUGUGGAGCGCCGUUGGUGGUGGUGGCAUUAACACUAACAGCAAUAUCAUGAACAAUAUCUAUGCCUAUGGGAAUAACGAAGCGAAUGACGGAAACGGAUCAGGAUCAGGCUGUCAGAGCAGUACACGAAGCUGUUUUGAUACAGCGAAUUUGCCAUUUGGGCUCUGUGGUGCCAGCAAAACUUCUCCGGCAGCUAUACCAGACGAACAGAAUCAAAGUGCCAACCUACAGGACUCUUCUUCUAGCAGUGGUUCUAACGGACGAGGUGGUCUGCUUGGGAAGAAGACGGACGAUUUCACCACGCUUCUUCAGAACAAAGAGGUCAAGUAUGUACCCGGUCAAGCUAUGAAAAUCUACACUUUAUCGUUAUUGGAGGAGCAGAUGAAAUGCGCAGGCGGGGGUAGUUCGGCGAGUUCGCCUUCGGUAAUUGAUGCUGGCAAGAAUAUGAACGAUACCAGCGAAGAACGUGAGGGUCAACAUCGAGCUUUCGAAUUUGUGACGCUUCCCAUCAACCAUCAAGGAUGGUUGCAAAAACGAGGACGCUAUUUCUGGAAUGGCAUGCGUCCAAGGUACGCAGUUCUUUUUGGAAACACGCUCGCCUACGGAGAGUCCCCGUGGCACUGUGCGACACGAAAAUUUCUGGGAAAAAUUGUUCUGGACCCCAAGUCAAAGAUUGUAUACGACGACCGAAGUGCGAGUGGGAGCCCUGCUAGAGACGAUCAGGAAAUUUCAAUAUCAUCUAACGAGAGCAAAGGAAAUGCGAACCAACGCGGGAGCAGCAGUCCGUCUGGACACAAAGGAAACGAAACUGGACCGUUUUCAAUCGAGGUUCGUGGUUUGGAUUACUUUGAGCUGGAGCCUGACUUGGAUGAGUUUGACGAAGGCAAAACGCAGGAGGUCGGAUCAUCAUCUAAAACUGCAGCUUCUUCUUCUAAGAAAAGAAGUGCUAAGACAAAGUCGCGUAAGAGCUCGCCCCGCUGUCGCUCGUGGUGGUUUCAGGCGGAUGAUGCUGUAGUCGCUCAGAAGUGGGUCAGUCAUCUCCGUGCUGCGAGACACUUUGCCGAGAAUCUGCAACGCCAUGGCGCGUUCAGGUGGCGGAGUACCUUACAAGGGAGCACUAUGAAGAACGGCCAGUACAACUACGCCAACACCUACGGGAGGGACGGGGUGACCUCAUCGCCACCAUCUUCGUCAACCACAAUGCCGGGUGAAAGAGGCAACAGGCUAACUGCUUUGCUGGGCAACCAACAAAAUCAAGUCGCUAGUGGCUAUCAGUAUCAGAACCGCCAGCAUGUUCUUGAUAAUCGCUCCAGUACUUCAACGACAUCCAAAGAAGAACAGCGCUGGGAUCGUUUGGAGUCUCUCUUAGACGGCUUGCAGUCUGGUGCUCAGCUCAUUGGGGACGAGGCACGAAAGCAAAACUCUAUGUUGAAAACCAUGAAUAGUAGUCUCACGACUGCAGACCGAAAAUUAGAUGCGCAAAAAGGUCGAAUGAAGACGCUUAUGCGUUGACGUGCGUCUUCACAGCACAACAACUUGCGCAGCUUGUUUGAUUUUUACUAAUCAUUACCGCGAGCAGGGCUGACCCUGACGCUGAAGUCGUGAAGCCGAUAGAUACUUGGAGUAGAGAUCAUCUUCAUGUUCUUCCUGUAAGACAAGGCUAACGCAUUAAGUAGGUGGAUAAUGAAUAUAAUUAUUGUGAGGUUCAUCGCUAACGCUAGCGCUACCGCUUGUCGACACGAUUCAAUAAUGCACGAUGUGCUUAUGCUUUGCGCGAAAACUAAGAUGCGCCCUACUUCUGGCCUGACCCACUAUCCUACAGCCUUGUUCAAGUAACACACCCGCAUUUGAUCACUGUUAUGCAGAGGAAAGAUGCACUGGAACAUAUACGGCAGAGGGGC